UGUCGCGGGGUAACCCCACAGGCACGGAGUCCGCGCUGAUCUCCCUGCCUUCAGCAAGCAGGAGCUGAAUUCGGAGAGCACCCACCCUCCGAGCAUGAGGACGCCGAAGGCAAUGAUCGUGGGCCUGGUGCUGUGCCCCUGCGGGCUCCUGCUGACACUGGUAGGCACCAUGACGCCCAGCUGGAGGCAGGUGAGCCUCGUACCCGAGCAGCCCUCCGACCUCGUCUUGGAGCAGGGCAUCUGGGACCUGUGCAGCGAGAGGCAGAGCAGCCACGACCGCCGCUGCGGGCAGGUAGACGAGCUGGGCUACUUCAAGGAGGUGCCCGUGCAGGUGGCCCGAGGGCUGAUGCCCACCUCGCUGGUGCUCACCCUCCUGGGCUUGGUGGUGGCCACCCUGGGGGUGCGCUGCUGGCAGGAGGAGCCCCGGCACCCGGUGGCUGGGGCAGCAGGGCUCGUGCUGCUCCUCUCGGGGCUGCUGAGCCUCGUACCCGUCUCCUGGUACACCCACGAGCUGUGGGCACUGCCUGCAGCGUCCGGCAGCACGCUGGCUGCGGGUUACAGCUUGGUGCUGAGCUACCUGGGGAGCUGCCUGGAGAUCCUGGGCGGGCUGGCCCUCACCCUCAGUUUCCACCGCUACUGCAAGAAGCGCAGGGCCCCCAAAUACCCCCCCGGCCCUGUGCGGGAGCCUGGGCCACCUUCCACCACCCGUGCCUACAGCAACCCCUGGGACGUGCUAGAGGAUGAGAGAGACGGGCGGCCCUGGAAGAGCACCCUGCCUUGUGACUCCGACCUGUAGCUCCAGCACGGGGUGAGCAGCGGGCACUGCCCUGCCUGGUGCUGAGAAGGGUGCUGGCUCCUGCCUCCCCAGGCUCUAGGGGACCUCAGAACAAGGACCCAGCUUGAAUCUCUGCAGCCUCCUCAAAAGCCUGCCACGCUCCAGGCUUUGUGACUGUGCCAAAGCUGUGCUUUGUGUGCUCCAGG